UUAUACUAUAUGCCAGAAUCGCCGCCAUCGAGGGCUGUGCUAAUGGUCGCCAAACACCUCAAUAUAGCCGUUAAUAUCAAACACGUGGACCUCACCAAAGGGGAACAAUUGAAACCCGAGUUUCUGGAGUUAAACCCCAGCCAUACCAUACCUGUACUGGUCGACGAUGACCUGACACUGUGGGAGAGUCGAGCCAUUAUGGCAUACCUGUGCAAUCAGUACGCGCCCGACACUCAGCUAUACCCUCAUGACUCGCAACAGAGGGCUGUCAUCGAUAAGUGGCUUCAGUUUGAUUUGGGAUCACUCUAUAAAUCUAUUUGUGAUUAUACU